AUAGGAGCCUUCAUUUAGAUUACAGUAUGAAUAAUUUUAAUUUAAUCAAUUUUUUUUUUGAUUUAUGAAUGUGUUCGCGGAAUACAGCUGCUGUUUUGUCCGAAUUGGUUCUGAACUUUCGUCCCGACUAUUUUGUACGUUGCGAGUACCACGAUAAAUUUAUUUCCAGACCAGAGAGAUAUUUUUAGUGGCGGGGGCUUUCUGAAACCGGUGCUAGUUGUUCUUUAAUUUUGUGCGGACAUUUAGUGAAAUAUUUUCGUGAGUGACUCGUGUACGCAUCAAUACAAUAAGAGCACCACAGUUUAAUUGAAAGCGUUCAAUAGAUAAAUUAAUACAUUAUAUUUUCCUGAUCUACAGUAAUCUACUAAUACACAAAGUUUUAGAUGGACACAAAAUGUUUAUUUUGGAUUUUACUCGGACUAGCAACUACAAACACGAUAAAUGCCGCAAAAAUCUUAGCCAUCACGCCAAUAGCUGCAGCCAGUCACUGGAAUAUUAUGAGCUCCAUACUUGAAGUACUAUUAAAUAGGGGCCACUCAAUAACAGUAGUGACACCAUUUCUAAGAAAAAUACCACAUGAAAAUUACACCGAAAUUGAUAUGUCCAAACUUGUACCGUUUGCAAUAGCCUCACCUUGGGAAACGGUGGUCGGGGUGUACAAGCCUCCUAUGAAAUGUCUGCAAUUCCUAAACGACGUCCAACUGAUCACGUGUCGCGCAGCAUUCGACCACCCAGACCUUCAGCGUGCGCUACACGCGGGACACUACGACCUCGUAAUCACAGAGCUGCUCGGCUCCCGAUGUGACUUGUACUUGGCCAGCCAUCUGAGCAUACCACACGUAGCCAUUGUCUCCAGUCAGAUGCUGACAUGGUACCAGGAUUCGUUCGACAGCCCAUCGAACCCGUCGUACAUCACGACUCUGAAUUCGCCGUACCCAAAACCGGAGACGUUCGUCCAACGGCUCUGGAACUUAAUCGACUAUGUGACUAUUUACAUGUACUUCAAAUACAUAGACACUGCAGCCACGGUGGUGGGACGUAAAUAUUUCGGUGACAACAGGCCGCACGCUGAGGACUUGCUUCGUAACGUAUCAAUGGUGUUCCUCAACACGCAUUCGAACUUCGAUUUGUCCAAACCGUUGGCGACCAAUUUCAAAGAAAUCGGAGGCAUUCACUUAAAACCACCCAAACCUUUGCCCACCGACUUGGAAGAAUUUAUCAACAAUUCCGAACACGGCGUAAUAUACUUCAGUUUGGGGUCCGUGGUCAGGAUGGAAGAUUUACCAAUUUCUAUACAAUUAGGACUGAAAGAAGGAUUCGGAGAAUUGCCACAAAAGGUUUUAUGGAAGUUAGAGUCAGAUCGGCCAAUCAUCGAUCUACCCGAAAACGUAAUGACUAGAAAAUGGUUUCCUCAAUAUGAUAUUAUAAGACAUCCAAAUGUAAAACUUUUCAUCACACACGGUGGUAAUUCUGGCGUUAUCGAAGCGACUAGCGCAGGCAUUCCGGUACUAGGCUUUCCUAUAUUCUUUGACCAACCAAGAAAUUUGGAACUAUUCGAACACUGGGGUUCCGGCUUAUUCGUAGACUACAAUAAUUUUACCAAAGAAGACUUUGUAUACAAGAUUAAACGGAUUCUAAAUGAUCAAAGGUUCAAAGAAAAUGCCGUGAAGUUAUCGCACCGUUUUCACGAUCGUCCGCUGAAUCCUAAAGACACAGUGGCUUAUUGGACAGAGUACGUGUUGCGACACAACGGUGCACACCAUCUGAAAUCACUGGCCAUAAAUACUAAAUGGUAUCAGUACUUCUCAUUGGACUUAUUUGUUAUAGCAUUUGUUAUGAUUACGUCAGUAUUUUACUUCUUUUACAAUGUUAUUUCAAUCGUUUUAAAAUGAAGAGAACCAAUAAUAUGAGACAAUUACACGUUUUUAUUAUAUUA